CAGGAUUUCAGCUUGAGUAUGUACUUCCGGCAAGCAUGGAGGGAUCCGCGUUUGUCUUACAACCACGACGAAGCCAACAACAACAAGAUCAGAUUGAUGGACGAGAGCUGGAACUAUUUUUGGGUUCCGGAUACUUACUUCCGGAACGAGAAAUCCGCCUCCUUCCAUAAGGUGACGGUCAACAACAGGCUCAUCAACGUCAAUUCUAGUGGUCAUGUCUGGUACGUCAUGAGGUUGACCAUCACCUUGACCUGUCCAAUGAGGUUGGAGAUGUUCCCCUUCGACUUUCAAAAAUGCCCCAUUCAAUUUGAAAGUUUCACCAACACCAUGAAUGACAUGUUCUUUGGCUUCCUUCCGAAGCCCGUCGACCUACCAGACGAGAUCAAGCCACCACAAUUUCAGUUACUCUACUAUGAGUUGGUCGACUGCUCGAGUAAUUAUACUUCAGGAGCUUAUCCAUGUGCCGAGAUAAGCUUCACAUUGCAGAGAGACAUCGGGUACUACGUGAUCCAGGUUUUUAUCCCAAGCGUCUUGGUAGUUAUCCUUUCCUGGGUUUCCUUCUGGAUCAACAUUGACGGAGUUCCAGCUAGGUUAUGUACGCUGGGCCUUCUGACAGUCUUGACAAUCACUUCGGCAACGAGCAGCGUUAACGCUACUCUUCCUAGGGUCUCCUACAUAAAAGCAAUCGACGUCUGGCUGAUAAUGUGUCUGAUUUUCGUCUUCUGCGCCCUUCUCGAGUACGCGUUCGUUAACGUGGCUGCCAGAAACGGAGUCAGAAUUCGUACCCCUAUCGUUAGGAAGGCCCCCCUCGAGGUCAGCCCUCAGCCCACCGCUGAAAAUCUUCCUCCGAAGACGUUACCGAAACCUCAGAUGCAAACUUCCGCGUCGUCGUAUUCCUACAAGCAAGUUUGCAUUGAUAGUGACGAAGGAACUGAUCAGGUUGGACGGGGAUGUUGUUGA